CGUGUUCUUAAAAAAAUACAAAUAAAUAAAAAUGAAAAAGUCAUUACAUACUACUUUAAACGCGACGUAAUUCAUCGCUACAUAAUGAGGUUUGCAUUUUAAUUGGUUAAACACGCCUUCUGUCGCCAAAACACACGGCUAAUCGAGCGUUUUAGUCAACAUUGUGACUUGAGCACCCCUACGCGGCCGGCGGAAUGGUUCGGGCCAACAUUUCAGCCCGACUCCUGCUUCCCGCUGACUGCGAGUCAUGAAGCCCGUCAAACGUACGAGGCAGGGCCGCGCUCGAAGUUGGGACGGGAGCGUCUGUAGCCGGAGAGUCGACGAUAUCGAGGCUCCGUGACCACAGAUAUGCGUACAGUUCCAUUUUUGUGUGCGUCAGUCGAGUGAGCGGGCGAUUUUCUUACUUUUAGGCGAGGGACUUAGUUAAUUCGCAGCCUUAAACCAACUCUCCCUUAAAUCAGACCGAGGAUGAUUUUUUCUAAUACUGGAAACCCACUAAGGACUCAGUUUCGCAAGCAGUCACCUGUUACCCUACUGUCUCACCCCAUGGCUCCACCCAGCCCUAGUAACAACAGCAGCACCAACAACAGCAGCAGCAGUAGUACUGCAGGCUGGGAGCAACUCAGCAAAACCAAUCUCUACAUCAGAGGGCUGUCCCCAUCAACAACAGACCAUGACCUGGUCAAACUCUGUCAGCCGUAUGGCAAAAUUGUAUCAACAAAGGCCAUCCUUGACAAGACUACAAACAAAUGCAAAGGAUACGGAUUUGUGGAUUUUGAUAGUCCCACUGCAGCUCAGAAAGCUGUGGCUGCCCUAAAGAGCAGUGGAGUACAAGCUCAGAUGGCAAAGCAACAAGAACAAGACCCAACCAACUUGUAUAUCUCCAACCUGCCACUGUCAAUGGACGAGCAGGAGCUGGAGAACAUGCUGAAGCACUUUGGCCAGGUUAUAUCUACCCGCAUCUUGAGGGACUCAAGUGGAGCAAGCAGAGGGGUGGGCUUUGCCAGGAUGGAGUCAACGGAAAAAUGCGAUGCAGUCAUUUCUCACUUCAAUGGCAAGUUCAUCAAGACGCCAGCCGGUGUACCAGCACCUGCUGAACCUUUGCUUUUCAAGUUUGCUGACGGUGGGCAGAAAAAGAGACAAAACCAAAACAAAUUUCUUCAUAAUGGUCGAGGUUGGCUAAGAGAUGGAAACACCAGACUGGCUGGAAUGACACUCACAUAUGAUCCCAGUGCAGCCGCAAUGCAAAACGGAUUUUUCCCACCGGCGUACAGCAUUUCAAACAGGAUGAUUGCUCACACGCCCAUGUCCACAUACAUGUCUCCAGUUUCAGCAUACCAGGUGCACAACCCGUCGUGGGUGCAUCAACCCUACAUCAUGCAGCACCCUGGUGCAGUCAUAUCGCCCUCUAUGGAGCCAUCAUUGUCACUGCAGCCCACAUCCCUGAUGACUCCACUGGCACAGCAGAUGAGUCAUUUGUCUUUGGGCAAUGCAGGAGCGUUCAUGACCACCAACACUCCCAUGCCAGGUGCUUACAUCCAACAGUACACGCACAUGCAGACAGCGGCUAUUCCUGGAGAGGAAAAUGGAGUCGUGUCUCAGAUGGACACAGCCGGCAAUCCUUCCCCGUACGCCUACCAACAAACCAAGUAGUGCCGACUUAAUGUUUGGACAACCACUCAGCAAUACCGGCAAAAAAACGCAAUGAACGCAAAAGAUCCUUCACUGUUUUGCAAUUGUCGGACUCGUGAGGCUAUUUUUGGUAUUGUGUUUGAAGAGUAUAAAGAAUACUCUACAGUUUAUCAAAUGAUUUUAACAACUACUAAGAACAAGUUUUGAAAAGGUUUUUCUAUUUUCGUACAAGAAACUGUUUAUUUUUUACCAAAGACUGCCAGCAAAUCCAAGAAAAAAAACGUGCAUGGUGAUAAAUGUCUCUUUUUCAGCCUGAUAUUUUGACGUUUUUGUGCUUGCUGUGCGAGUGUUGCCAUGGCCAAGUGUUUCGUGUUUUCUUCUCCCGUCGUGCUUUAGGAUGACAAUGCUAUCUGAUUACAGUUUGCCUUAACAGUUUUACUACAGUGAUGGUUUAGAUCACCACAAAGAACUGGAAGCGAGGGCUGUUGCUUUGUAAAUGAGCUAUGAAAUGUUUUUGCUCCACCCCUGUCCAUGGACUAAUAGGAAAUAGAUUUAUGGAGAGUAUGUUCUGACUCCUGUUGAUUUUGUUGUGGUAUUUAUUUAGAAAGGAAUACUUUACAUGGUCCUAGAUGUUGUGCUGAAAGAUCUUUUGGAUCUAGCCUUUUUGCCAACCCCCUAAUGUAAACUAGCUGACUUUGACCUAUAGCAUCCUAUUUAGUGGUAAAUUUGGGUUGCUAUUUAGAUGAUAGUGUGUGUCUUUUUCAUUUUUAUUUAACAAAGCCAAGAGGAACACGUGGCUUUAGAAUUGCGCACACACAACAAAGCCUUGUCAAAGGACUUCGUGGGAGCUAACAUGAGACAUGAAUUGUAUUGGACCUCUGUUUUAAUAGGAAACUAACAGUUGGCACUUUGUUUUAUCGCCAAAGAUUAGGAGUUUGUAUACUGAGGAAACAGAAUCUGUCUCUUUUACCAGAACAAGAGUGACUGCAAGUAAGCUUGCAGCGAUGGACUGUGCCUUUCUCAAUCAACAUUUACACUCAGUUUGCAUAUGUACAAUAGUUGUAAUGGACGCAAAGAAGCAGGCCAGGAUCCAAAAAGUGCCACAGACUAAUUUUGUUCUUACAUAAAAGGAGACCGUACAAUGUUAAUGAGGUUCUAGUGUAAAAAAUAAUAAUUUAAAAAUUUUUAAAAAGUGGUUUGAUCUGAUAUGACAGCACUAAAAGUGGUGCUUUAAUAAAAAAUAAAAAAAACUCUGGUUCUUUUUUAUAUAACAUUUAUGAUCAAGGUGCCCUUCUGCUAUUCCAACAAGUGGUCAGUCAGACCAGAUAUCUACCUCAGUUUUUCCAUGUUCCUCAGUUCCAAACUGGGUUAACAAGUCCAGCCCACUUCCUAGACCAAAAGCUGAGUUCAGGAGCUGGUCACACGAUGCAGUUUCCUUUCUUUUUUUAUUUAGGUUUUUCUUCAAGACAUUUUUGUACAGUGUUUUUUUUUCCCCCAGGAGGGGGUCCAACCGCAUGCUUCUUGUUGAUGUUUCAGUCGCUACUUCCACCUCAGUAAAUUCCAUAGAGAAUGAGUUGUGUUCACUGGUUAUGUGCUCGUUUUUACAAGUUUGAUGCCCCAUCAUGGGAGGAGACAAACUCACAGGCAGCAUUAGUUGGGUGUAAAGAGUAACUGAGAUUAUACUUGAGAUUUCUGUCUCAUGCCCGACUGAUAACUUAGAACUGUUUUGUGAGUUUUUGCUGCUAGUGGCAUCUGAACCAAGUGCCAUAUGGUAUAUGGGUCAAGAACUGCAGAAGUGUGUCAAGGAAAAACUGCUCGUAUCAGCAAUCAUGUUGAACAGUCAUUAGGUUGUAUGGAAAGAAAAUUCUUAUUUAUGAAGAUUUUUUUGUACAGAAAACUAGAGGAAGAGCUUAAAUGAAUUUUUUUUUUUUUUUUUUUUUUUUAAUUUGUGUUGAGUUGUACCACAUACUUGCCAGUGGUGAUUUGUUUGUACAGUUAAAGGCUUCUCACGCCUUUGUUUGGUAGUAUUAAGGCCAAACUUGUUUUCCCUUGUAGAUUGCUGCCUCAGGUUUAUUUUUACUUCUUUGAUUCUUUUUUUUAAUAAAGAAAAUUGAGAUUUGUAAAUGUUUA